CUCAGACGGCACCUCCUUCGACCGGAAGCGGAAGCGCGGGGCGGUGCCGUGGGAGGAGCCGCGGGUCGCGCGCCAGGGAGUAAGGCCGGUCGUCUCCGCGAGUCGGCGCGUUUGGCGCUCGGGAGGGGCCGGAGGCGAGGAGAAAAGCAUCGUUCAAAUUCAGGUUUAUGAUGAAAGCAGCCUCAGUGAUCCACUGAUCCGUGGAAUUCAGUGUGACCAGGUCAUAAGACCCUCCUCAUUCCAGAGGGCUUCUGCUUCGUCCCCUGCAGGAAGGAAGGCUCUACAGAGAGGCCAGGAAGAAUCUGAUAGACAGGCCUGGCUGGGUUUCCCUGCUUGAUCUGUUAGUAGUCAUGCCUCUGCGGUGAAGUCUGCAUAAAAAUCCGAAAGCUCAAGAGUUCCAGAUAGCUCCACAUGAGAGGUUCCUGGAGAGUGCUGUCCCAGUGCCCUGUGGGAACACGUGGAAGGUCGUGUUUCCCCACCACCCUGGUGUUCAGAAGCUUUGCUGUUGGAGUUACAGGAUGGCGGCCGCUGUUCUGCCCCCCACUUGUGAUCAGUCCUCCCUGUACCCAGCCCCUCAUAGGAAAGCCUGCAGAGGGGAGGAGGGGCUGUCUGGCGAGCUCCUGGCCAGCUGGUUACAGGACCUGGUGACCUUCGAGGAUGUGGCUGUGGAGUUCUCCCAGGAGGAGUGGGCAUUGCUGGACCCGACUCAAAGAACUCUGUACAGGGACGUGAUGCUGGAGAACUGCAGGAACCUGGCCUCACUCGGGUGUCGUGUUGAUAAGCACAGUUUGAUCUCCCAGUUGGAGCAAGAAGACAAGGUGGCGACGGAGGAGAGAGGGAUUCCUCCCAGCACCUGCCCAGAUUUGGAGACUGUACUUAAAACCAAAUGGCUAACUCCUAAGAAGCAUGUUUUUAGAAAAGAACAGACUAAAAGUGUAAAAAUGCAGGAAAGAAGUCAUCGUGGAGUGAAAAUCAAUGAAUGUAAUCAGUGCUUUAAAGUCUUCAGCACCAAAUCUAAUCUUACGCAGCACAAGAGAAUUCACACUGGAGAAAAACCCUAUGACUGUAAUCAAUGCGGAAAAUCCUUCAGCAGCAGGUCUUACCUUACCAUUCAUAGGAGGAUCCAUAACGGGGAGAAGCCCUACGAAUGCAAUCACUGUGGAAAAGCCUUUAGUGACCCCUCAUCCCUCAGACUGCACGUGAGAAUUCACACUGGAGAAAAGCCCUACGAAUGUAACCAGUGUUUCCACGUCUUCCGCACCAGUUGUAACCUCAAAAGCCACAAGAGAAUCCAUACAGGGGAGAACCACCAUGAAUGUAAUCAGUGUGGCAAGGCCUUCAGCACCAGGUCCUCUCUGACUGGACACAACAGCAUUCACACAGGGGAGAAACCGUACGAGUGCCACGACUGUGGGAAAACCUUCAGGAAGAGCUCCUACCUGACUCAGCACGUGAGGACUCACACGGGAGAGAAACCCUAUGAGUGCAACGAGUGCGGGAAAGCCUUCAGCAGCAGUUUUUCUCUGACUGUGCACAAGAGAAUACACACUGGAGAGAAACCCUACGAGUGCAGUGACUGUGGGAAAGCCUUUAAUAAUCUCUCUGCUGUUAAGAAGCACUUAAGAACUCACACCGGAGAAAAACCCUAUGAAUGUAACCAUUGUGGGAAAUCUUUCACCAGCAACUCCUACCUCUCUGUGCACAAGAGAAUACAUAACAGGUGGAUAUGAGUUGCCAUGAGAAAUUACCGUGGAAAUUUCUACCAGAAAGCACUUGACCUCUCAUCCUAAGACAGCCCGAGAGAACUCACACCAGAUAAACAAGUUAUCUGUUUCUGCCUGACAAAUCAUUCCCCAAAACUUUUGACUUAUAACAAGAAGCAUUUAUUAUUUCACAGUCCCAUAAGGAAUCCAGGAACAGCUUAGCUUCGUAGUUCUGGCUCAGGAUCUCGCGGGGUUUCAGUCCAGACGUCAGGCAGGCUGUGGUCAGCAGGUCAAGGUGGUUCACACAUGCCUGGAAAGUCGGUGCUGCAUGUUGACAGGAGACUUUCAGUUCCUGACCACAUAGGCUUCUCCACAUGGCUAAGUAGCUCUACAGUUUCCCCCCAAAGCAAGUGAUGCAAGAGAGCGCCUCUGAAGACACCAUGUCUUUUACAACCUAGGUGCAGAAGGAUAUGUUUUCACCUCUUUCACGUGGAAUUGGUUACACAGACCAGUUGUGAAGCAGUGUAGGAGAAGAUCACAGAACAGGGUACCUGGAGACAGAUCACGGAGAACCUUCUUAGAAAGUUGCCACGAAAUUAACGAAGAAAAAGAGCCUGUCCUUUUAAUCAAUAUGAAAUAGCACUGAGUAAGCUCUCUGGUUAAUCCAUUCUGGAGAGAAAGCUUGUGAGUACAACCUGUGAGGUAAAGCUUUCAGCUCACACUCACUCCAAUGUGCCCAAAAGAUUAUGUACUGGGAAAAACCUGAGGAACGGAGCAAUGAUAGGAAACCCUUCAGUGAUAGCUCCCAAGGGAAAAGCCCUGUGAAGGUCAUCAGAGUACUCGUACUUCAGGCACACGUGAGAUCACACAGAAGAGGAAGACUCACAAGAAAUGUGGAAAGCGCUGUAGCACAAAUGUCCACGUUACCAUCACUGACCACAAGACGGUGAGGUACCACUUGCAGUGACUGUGGAAAAGCCUCGAAUGUUCUUUUUUCAUUGUUUUGUUUGUACUGGAGCUUCAACACAGGGCCUCCUGCAUGAGCACUGUACCACUGAGCUGCACCCCCAGCCCUUUUUUUUAAUUUUGAGACAGGAUUUGCCCAGACUAGCCUCAAGCUUGGAGUCCUCCUGCCCCAGCCUCCCACAUAGCUGGAGUUAACAGGCAUACACCCCACACCUGACUUGUUCUCACUUUUUAAAAGACAUGAGAAUUUAUUCUGGAGAGAAAACCCUAUUGGAUAUCAUUGGAAUUGGAAAACCUUCCAUUUUCACUCAGUAUGAAAUUUACUAACACGAAGAACAGGGAAAGCCUUCAAGGAUGCCUCAUGUCAGGAACAAGAUGAAAAUUCUCCCUAGGGGAUAAAAACCUUCAGAAGUACUAAUUUUGGAAAUUUCUCCGUGAUUCCUCUCAAGAACACACUGGUGGACGCCCAGGAGUAUAGUCUGCUAGACAGCUCGGCCUCAGCUCUUCACAGAGGACUACAGAAUAAUCUGUACUGGAAACUCGUGUACAAAGGAGUGUCGAGUUCCCUUUGCCAGCAUCUCACCUGCAGGCUGGGCCACUAGCUCAUUGGUUUUUCAGUCUGUUUUCGUGCAAACAUUUGUGUCUAUCAUUUUCCUAAAAUGAACCCUAAGUUGUGUUCCAAAAUUUUACUGUGAUGUAUUUAUAAUAUUACUCAUUAAAAAAUCAAUGUGUUGCAUAUUCAAAAAGCUACUUCUGAAUAGCUCCCAGAUGCUUUCAUCUUGUCAUUUCCAGCAUAUUUUUUUCAAAGUGACAUUUUUUUGUCAGAAUUUGUGGACUUUAUUCUCUUUCUAUACUUGCGUGACAGAUGCUGUAGCUUCCUUCCCAACGUCCGUUCUCCCCUACUGAACAGUUCAUCAGGUUGUCAGUGAGCGGUAUUGAAAAUCAUCUGCCAGCCUCUCCUAAAGCCCAGGCCGGCUUCCUUCCAUUCUGCUGGAGCAGUGGGCAGGAGUCACGCUGAGGCUGGAGCUAUCCUUUUCUGUUCAUCCGACCCGCACUUUCUCUUGGAAAGGUCUGG